UUGUAUGUCGAUAAAUAGCAAAGAGAAGGCGAAGCUUGGCUUCUCUCAAAGCCCCUUUUUCCUCUCUUGAAUUCUAGGGUUUCCCUUCUUCGAUCUUCGAUCGUUCUGCGACAGAGGGAGAAGGAGGAGAGUGGAUUCCAAGGAGCAGAUGGGGAGGGGUAGAGUUGAGCUGAAGAGGAUCGAGAACAAGAUCAACAGGCAGGUAACCUUCGCCAAGCGCCGUAAUGGCCUUCUCAAGAAGGCCUAUGAGCUCUCUGUCCUCUGCGAUGCUGAGGUCUCCCUCAUCAUCUUCUCCACUCGUGGAAAGCUCUACGAGUUCUGCAGCAGCUCUAGCAUGAUGAAGACACUUGAGAGGUAUGAGAAAUGUAAUCACGGAGCACCUGAAGUAAAUGUAGUGACAAGGGAGACUCAGAGUUGUCAGCAGGAAUACUUGAAACUAAAAGCAAGGGUUGAAGCUUUACAAAGAUCACAAAGGAAUCUCCUGGGUGAGGACUUGGGACCAUUAAGCAGCAAGGAACUGGAGCAACUUGAACAUCAACUUGAUUCCUCACUCAGACUAAUCAGAUCCACCAGGACUCAACACAUGCUUGAUCAGCUUGCUGAUCUUCAACGUAGGGAACAAAUGCUAUGUGAGGCUAAUAAAACUCUAAAGAGAAGGUUGGAUGAAAGCAAUCAAGCAAACCAACAGCAAGUCUGGGAAUCUGAUGCUCAUGCAGUUGGUUUUGUUCGGCAGGCACCGCAACCUCCGGCGGAUGCGGCCGGAUUCUUCCAUCCUUUAGAAACUUUUAAUUUUCAGGUAUCAGCCUCAUGAGCAAAUACAAAUUGCUGCAACACCAGGGUCUAGUAUUAGCACUUUCAUGCCCGGAUGGCUUGCUUGAGAAAAACAGGCCAUAUAUAUACAUAUAUAUAUAUAUAUAUAUAUAGGAUUUGCUUCAUCAUAUAUCUCUAUACUUAGCUUGCAUUUAAUGAAUAUGUUGUAUAAGACUCUUAAUUAUUCUGUAUGAAACUUAUUUGCAUGUUUUCAAUGUAUUUUCUGACAAGAAUAAGUUGAAAUACUCUUA